UUAGGUUUUCCGGGUUUAUAUAAUUAUAAUACAAAAAGAUUAUAUUAACAUAACUCAUAUUGAGCAUCACAAAACUCACAAUCUUCUUUCUGGACAUUUUAUGAUAAGUACUCUAGAAGAAUCUGACAACGAAACCAAGGAAGAUCUACAUGAUUCUCUGCAGGAUGUUGGUUUUAGUGGAAAUUUCAGCUCUCAAGAUGUUGGAUUAUUAUUUGAUGAUUUAUCAACUUUAUUCAAUUGCCUUCAAAUAGCAUACGAUGGCGAAUUAACGAGUCCAAAAUGGAAUCAGUUUAAAGGUGUUAAGCCGUUGUAA